AUGUCUGAUGGAUUUUGGGAGCUCGUCCACACAGCUGUGUCCCAGAGAUGGACUUGGGCAGAGGAACCUUCAAAGUCAACGUGCUCAUUCUUUGUUUUCCCCAAACCAGGAUUUCCCAUUGCUAGCCCUCGGGAGGCUGUGAGGAAGAGGAAAAUGCCCCGGAACACUGAGGCAGAGCAGGAGCUGAGCAUGGAGAGCAGGGAGGACAAAUCUCCGCGGCAGAACCUUGUGGCAGAGGCCGUUUUGAGCGGCUCCACGGCACAGGAACCCAACGGGGAGGAAAAGCCCCGGAGAUGCCGCACCAGGAGGGGCUGCAAACACAGAUCACAGGGAUCUGAGGGGGAAAGACCCAGCCUGGGCCGGGAAGGCAGCCAGAGAUGGAGCCAGAGCUUGGAGCUGGUGGUCAAUGAGCAGCUCCAUGAUGGGGAGAAGCCCCACACCUGCAUGGAGUGUGGGAAGAGCUUCAGCAGGAGCUCCCACCUGGUCAGGCACCAGAGGAUCCACACUGGGGAACGGCCCUACGAAUGUGAUCAGUGCAGGAAGAGGUUUCAGACCAGCUCCCAUCUCCUCCUGCACCAGCGCACGCACACAGAGGAGAGGCCCUUCUGCUGCCCCGACUGCGGGCAGAGCUUCAGGCGAAACGCCCAUCUUGUCGUGCACCGACGCAUCCACACGGGGCAGAGGCCCUACGAUUGUGAGGAGUGUGGGAAGAGCUACAGCCACCGUUCCAGCCUGAUUGUCCACCAAAAGAUCCACACUGGGGAGAGGCCCUACGAGUGUUCCAAGUGUGGGAAGGGGUUUCGGAUCCGCUCCCAUCUCCUCCGACACUAUCAGAGUCACACAGAGGAGAGACCCUUCUGCUGCCCCGAUGCCUGGGGGCUCAGCCAAAGCUCCCCAGAGCGAACGCAGAG